CCGAGCUGCACUUUUCAGCUCAUUUUCCUCCUGUCAUUCCUCCUCCUAUCUUUGAUCAUUGUCCUGCCCCCUCCCUUGUCCUCUACCCCCCAUCAAACUCCACUCUCUCUUUUUGUGUGUGAGUGUGUGUGUGUGUGUGUGUGUGUGUCCCAACUUUUUCCACCACAACUUUAUCUGAGGAGCUCACAAACUCCAAGUGGAUUCUUUUUAUUUGCAGGCAAGGCUGGCUGGCACACUUUGAACUUCUUCCGGCUCUUUUUCUCCCCUCCCUUCCCCGGUGUAAGGUGACCAUGGCCGCCAUCCCGGCUGCUCUCCUCCCGCCGACUGCCCUCGUCCCACCGCCGCCGCCACCUCCACCACCACCGGUGCAGAUCUCCGCUCCCAGCAGCACCGCGUCCCCGCCGUCGGCCAACUCCUCGCCAUCACCGCUCCCACCACCACAGCUUCCGCCACCACUAUCGCAGCAGCAGACGCUCUUCCGAUCCGAGCUGCUCGCCACCGGCAGCCCAAGCAUCCCCGCGCCGGGCAAGCCCGUCUACUCCACGCCGUCGCCUGUGGAGAACAUCCCGCAGAACAACGAGUGUAAGAUGGUGGAGCUCCGCGGCGCAAAGGUGGCCUCGUUCACUGUGGACGGCUGCGAGCUCAUCUGCCUGCCGCAGGCGUUCGACCUGUUCCUCAAGCACCUGGUGGGCGGCCUGCACACCGUCUACACUAAGCUCAAGCGACUGGAGAUCACGCCGGUGGUGUGCAACGUGGAGCAGGUCCGCAUCCUCCGGGGGCUCGGCGCCAUCCAGCCCGGUGUCAACCGGUGCAAGCUCAUCUCCAGGAAGGACUUCGAGACGCUCUACAACGACUGCACCAACGCCAGCUCCAGACCUGGACGGCCCCCGAAGAGAACCCAGAGCGUGACAUCGCCAGAGAACCCUCACAUCAUGCCCCACACUGUCCCCGGUCUAAUGUCCCCCGGGAUGAUCCCACCCACAGGUCUGACGGCGGCGGCGGCGGCGGCUGCCAACGCGGCCAUCGCGGAGGCCAUGAAGGUGAAGAAGAUCAAGCUUGAAGCGAUGGGCGGCUACCACGCCAAUGCCAACCACCACGGGGCCGACGGUGAGAACGGAGACCUCAGCUCCAGCGUUGGCCUGGAGCUCCCCUUCAUGAUGAUGCCCCACCCCCUAAUCCCCGUCAGCCUGCCACCGGCAUCCGUCACCAUGGCAAUGAGCCAGAUGAACCACCUCAGCACCAUCGCCAACAUGGCCGCUGCUGCCCAGGGCCAGAGCCUGCCCUCGAGGAUGGUCACCUCUGUCAUCAAGUGGCUGCAGGGUUUGCAGGAGCGUAUCCCGGACAGUCCCUCUCCGGCCCCGUCCUUAGAGGACAACAGGAGGCCCGGCAGUCACCCGUCAUCUCACCGCAGCAGCAGCGUGUCCAGCUCACCGGCCCACACAGAAAGCUCCUCAGACAGAAUACCGCCACAUCACAACGGCCUGUCAAUGAACCAGGCCCUGCUCGGCUUGUCCCCCAACAUCCCGCCCGGGCCUAAAGAGGGAGACCUGGCACACGACAUGAGCCAUGAAGUGAAAAGGAUGCAUGCUGAAAAAGAUGAUAACCCAAUGUGCACACCGACAGCGAGAGAUAGCUACGAGCGGUUGUCGCUGGCCGGACAGACUCUCCCUCCCGGCUUCCCCUCGCCAUUCCUCUUUCCAGAUGGGCUGUCAUCAAUAGAGACUCUCCUCACCAACAUACAGGGCCUGCUGAAGGUGGCCAUCGACAACGCGCGGGCUCAGGAGAAGCAGGUCCAGCUGGAGAAGACAGAGCUGAAGAUGGAGCUGUUCCGAGAGCGGGAACUCCGGGAGACUCUGGAGAAGCAGCUGGCCAUGGAGCAGAAGAACAGAGCGAUCAUCCAGAAGCGCCUGAAGAAGGAGAAGAAGGCCAAGAGAAAACUCCAAGAAGCUCUGGAAUACGAAUCCAAGAGGAGAGAGCAGGCGGAGCAGACUCUCAAGCAGCCGUCGCCCGCCGAUAGCAUGCGCUCGCUCAACGACUCUCUGACCCCUGAGAUGGAGAGCGAGCGCAGCAGUGGAAGAACAGAUGCUGAAAGGACAAUACAAGAUGGAAGACUCUUCCUGAAAACUGCAGUGAUGUACUAAGUUUUAAAGUGGGAAUAUAAAAAACAAAACCUGGUGCAGACGGGAGAUUUGAAAAGAGAAGAAAAGAAGAAGAUCAAAAAAUAAAUAAAAUAAAAGGACAACCCAUGAAGAUUCUCCAGAGUCCAUUUCCAGGGUGAUUUCUUUGCGGAAAAGACAUCACUGCUGCUGCGAAUUGCUGGAGGAGGUUUUGUCGGAAUGUAGAAUAACAAGAAGAAGUCUUUCUCCUCUCAACAGGACAUUCGCUAGCUUGGGGUCGUAGAUUUUUAGCACAGCGGCGGUUGGUACCAACUCAUCAACCAACCAACCACAGCACUGAAGAUGUUUUGGAUCAUCUGCACCAGAAUUGUUUUGUAUUUCAAAUUGAAUUUUUGAAAAAAACAAAAAAACAUGUGCUGGUGGAAAGUUUUCUAAAUUAGAUGACGACACAAUCAAGUUUCCUUUCUGCCAUUCGUUGUACAUAGGAUGCUAACAAUGCUAGGGUUGCUAAGUGUACAUAUAUAAGGUCAUGCAGUAGACGCUAUGAGGCAAACAACAGCACCAUUUAUGUCAUAAUAGUUUUGGUUUGUUUUUUCAAUUCUUAACUCUUCUAUCCCUGGGCCAUCAUUUUUUUCCUAUAGCAGCCACUUUGGCGAGAAAGCAUGCAGGCAUGAUGUAAAUGUUUGUCCUGGAGUUAUGAUAUUUAAUGAUAAAUCCUAUAUUGUGCUCAACGCUAGGGUUUUACUCCACAAAAAGCCUUUUUGGUUUUUUCUUUUUGUUUUUCUCGGCACAGCAACAAAAACACAAUCCAAUUGAAGACGUUUCCUCUCACCAGUACUGUAGUCUUUGUAACGGAAUCCGCUUCAUGCACAUCUGUACCCUUUUCUUAGUUUUUUUAAAAGAAAAAAACAAAUUGCAGAUGUCAGCUUGAGGAACAAUCAGUCAUAUUUCUGCAACAAAUCCUCCAGAAAAGAUGUUUUAUUUUCUGCUUUUCCUGUCAUCCCAACGGACAGAAAAAAUGAACUAUUUCACAUUUUCCUUCACCUUGAAGACAUUUAAACUUGUGUAUAUUCUUAUAGACAUAACCUGAUGUCAGUCCUUUAACUGAGACCAAUUUUGGGGGUGUUCUUGGAGGGUGGAUGGCUUGGGCGCCGCCCUCUAUGAAGUGUCUUGGGCCAGUUGUCACAUCACAGAUUGGAGGUUGAUGGCCUUGGGGGCGCGGGCGGUACUUUAUGGAGUGUUUCAAAACGCUUUAAAGCAUACUGUAUGUGUUCAUCCUAUGAAGACGCUCCUAUGGUCACAGAAUUUUGGUGGGUUUUGGAGGUGGGUGGCUUUGGGGGUUCUGUGAGAGGGCGGUAUCCUUUAUGCAGUGGCUCGAACCGCAUAGUUUACAAUCAACAGAAGAAACAACUCCCACCUUGACAGACAUGGGGAGGAGGGCUUGGGGACCAGGUUGGAGGGUACAUGGUACCAGUUUUGGGUGUAUGUACUCCUUCCGAUGAAGAAGAGCCUCUCAUGUUCACAGACUGGAGUGGAGUGCGUUGCGGGGCUCAGUUGAAGUGUCACCAACCGGCUUUGAGCAUACAGUCAGAGAAGAGUCUCCCAUGUUCACAGACUUGUGAAAGGUUUUUGAGGGCGGUCGGUUUAGGGGUGGACGUCCCAUGUGGACGGGCUCGCACAAGUUUUGCGUGUAGACGAAGAAGAUGGAGAAGAGUCUCCUAUGAGACUUGUGUGGGGUUUUUGGAAGUGGGUGGCUUUGGGGCUCGUGGGAUGGGCGGGGGGCAUCCUUUAUGGAAAGGCUUGGAAUGGUUUUGAGUGAAUCACUUCCAAUUUGAGGAAUGAGAAGAAGAGCCUGCCAUGUCAACAGAUAUGUGUGGGGUUUUUUGGAAGGUGGGUGGCUUGGGGGCUCGGUUAGAGGGUGGUGUCUUCUAUGGAGCAUCUCAAACUAGUAUUGAGCCUAUGUAUUCCAAUGAGAUGACGAAGAGCUUCCCUUGUUUACAGAUAUGGAGUUGGGUGACUUGGGGGCUCGGUUCGGAGUGGGCAUCCUCUCACUGAUAAUCGAUAUUACUGUUCACCCCCCCCCCCGAAUCAUCUCUUCAUUGUACUUCCAAUAAAGUUGACAAUAAAAACAUUGUGAGUGUGAGACUAGGGGUGGGGAUGGGGGGAGGGGGGCACCUUCUUUGUUUCCUCAUAUUAACUCAUGUAUUACUGUAUGUAUUGUAUGGGGACGGGGAGGAGGGGUGGUGGUCCACAUAAAAACAUUGCAGGUAUGCUGUACUGUAGAAAAUGACUGAGCAUAUUGUUCUUCUCUUUGUAUAGCAGUGAAAGAAAAUGUAUAAGAAUAAUCUGCUGUGACUUCUUUUUCCUCUGGUUGGGGGAGGGGCAGGGGGCGUACACCUUUGACUUCCAUAUGUGUGUUCUUUUUUUUAAUGCAUAGACUAAUUGGAGACACACAGUAUGUAAAUGAGGGUGACUGUAAAUAAAUUAUUCCCUGUGUUCUUUCA